UACCAGUGCUCUCUAGAAACAACCAAUCAGAGGCAGGAGGUAGCGCUAUAAAUCACAAUCCUUAGCUGUCAAUUGUAGGUCAGAGAAUAAGCUGGAGGAGAUUAAUUUUAUCACAGAUUAUCUGUCUUAUCACAAACUGUCAUGACAAGAAAGCAAAAUAGUUACACGUCUUUAAAAUUGUGCCGCUUUUUAUGGGUCAAAUAGACUCAAGAAAUUGUAACAGCAGGGGGGCCCAAUUUAAUUUUUUGUUUCCUGACGGCGCCCCUGUAUGUUACCCAGUCAUUAAACCAUGUAUGAAGACUGUUUUCAGGUAGAACCUGCAGUUCCUCCUCAACAUAUUAUUGAUUUCUACUCUGAUGUUUAGAGACAUUCAGUUGAGUCAUCGGCCUUUCUUUAUUUCUGAAAACCUCAAAAACCACAUAAUAAACAGGAAGGUCAGACACACUUGUGUUUUGAAUCCAGUCUGGGUCAUUUUAUUCUUCCAUUUGUAAGUAAACUAGGAUCCAUUCAUUGAGAAAGACCUGGGCUGUCUUGUGCACACCAGCUUCAGAUGAUCAUGUCACUGCCAUCAUGAUUGUACAACAUUGCAUUACAAGGUUAGCCACUCUGUCAUUAGAUGACUGAAAAAGUUAGCUGAGGGAGAACUUGGAGAGCAGUACUCUCAUUGGAAGGUCUAAUUUUCCUGGGAUGAGGCAUAGGAGUAAUAUGCUCCGUGUUGCAGCCAUGACUCAGACACUGCAGACGAAUGGGGUCCAGUCCCUCAGCAAGACUUGGGAACUAAGUCUCUAUGAACUACAGAGAACACCACAGGAGGCAAUAACAGAUGGACUGGAGAUAGCUGUGUCACCCAGGUCCUUGCACAGUGAACUUAUGUGUCCUAUCUGUCUGGACAUGUUGAAAAACACAAUGACAACCAAAGAAUGUCUGCACCGCUUCUGCGCUGAUUGUAUCAUCACAGCUUUGAGAUCUGGGAAUAAGGAGUGCCCCACCUGCCGUAAGAAGCUUGUUUCUAAGAGGUCACUCCGUCCUGACCCCAAUUUUGAUGCUCUGAUUAGUAAGGUUCUGAAUGGUUCCUUCUCCCUGGAGCUGGUCAGUGAAAAGUAUUGGAAGGUCAACAAACCCAUGGAGCUCUACUUUGCCCCCACUAAAGAACACAAGUAAACAUACAUAAGAAUACAUAACUCCAUCCAUUUUUGCAUAAACAUACACACUUGUUGGAGGUGAACAGAUGGACAUGGAAACAGCUGUACACAAACACAAGCAGAAGAAUGUGUGUCUGACAGAGACCAGGGGGUUUGGGGAAAACUUCAAAUGGACUCCUAUGAAUAGAAAAAAAAAUGUUGUUGUUUCAUAUUUUGUGAAUCUUUGUCUCCUGUUAGACAGCAGCAGGUCAGUACAGCAGAUCACAUCUCAAACAGCAAGUCUAGAGCUUUCCCAAAAACGGGCUUCAUGCAUUGGUUGAAUUGGGAGAUUUAAAUGUUAAAGGGUAAAAAUUGCUGUAAAUCUUUCCACCUUAUAUUGUGAACUUUGUUUUCAGUGACACGCAUGGCAAUGGUAAUCUUUUCAUGCCUAUAAACAUAUUUGUCCAGAAGGUAGAGCAUAUUUCAUUAUGAAACUGCUGUUAAGAUCCAUGCCUGGGAAAUGAAGAAAAACUGGUGAAGACACAAAUUCUGUUCAGUUAUCAAAAUCCUCUGUUUCCAAACUGUAUAUGUGCAUGCAAGAUGCAUGUUAGCUGUAUUUAAUGUCUGUACUUUGAAAAGAAGUACAGACAUUACUUUUACAGUAAUGUCUGUUCUUUGGUUAAAGAAUUCUGAAUAUAUGCUACUUGAAUUCCCCUCUUAAAAACCUGCUUGACAUUUGAUCUAAAUUUCAAAAGAUUCUUAGGGAGGAUCUGUCUCAAGAGAUACUUCCAUAACCUUUUUAUGAUUAAAAUGUUCAGAGUAAAAUUUAGUGUCUGAAAUGGAACCCAUGAAAACAAGUUGUUCCUCAAUUUUAAUAAUUGGGAUGUGAAAUUUAGGAUUUGAUUUUUGCUUGAGUUUGACUUUUCUAGAGGGAAAUUUAAAUGACAUGUUUUCCACAAAACUAAUUUCAAACAAGAUCUGCUGAAGCAAUGACUUGGAGCUCCAUUGAUUGUGUGAGGUCUGACUUGAUAUUUGUCAUCUGGAAAGACUGACUUGUUUGAGUAUGCGCCCUUCUGUUGUCCUGAUCUGUUGCCAUAGAAACAAACUGUCUUUUAAAUUUUGUGGCGGCUCAUCCUUUUUAUAAAUGUUUUGUAACACAGAGAGGAAGCUGUGUGUAUUAUUAAAGGGGUGAGAUGGUUGGGGAAUGUUUUUGUUAGACCACUACAGUAUUCAUUGUCCACAGAAAUUUCCACAACUUUUGUUGUUUGUUUAGCAGUGACACAGAUGGUUCUCACAAAGGAACAUUCUGUGUGAAAUAAAGGAUUUUAUUUUUUGAGGAAGUUCUUGAAAAAAAAGAAUUUAGAAGAAUUCUAGUUUGUCAGAAAGCAAGGGACACAGGGACUUCUCCACUUGUCUAAGAAUGAUCUAAAGUUAUUUUCCUUAUUUGCUCAAAAAAGGAAAUCUGGUUAUGAUUCAGUAAAUAAGAUCCAGCAAGGAUCCAGCAAGGGAUCCUUGCAACCACCAUUGAUUGUGGUUGCAAUUGAACCACAAUCAAUUGCAACAGGAUGCGACACAAUGUUUGCAAAAUUUCUGGCAAGUUGAGAGUUGAUAAUUUUAAUGAUAGUACCAUAAUUCAUGGAACUAAUUGGUUACAAUAAUUGGUUUCACUUCCAUGAAAUGGAAGUGAAUAUAUGAAAUGGAAGUGAAGGAACUUAAAUGAAAGGACAAAUUAGUGAAAUGGCAAAUUGACCCAGUUCUUUCUAGAACCAUCAGCUGGGGAGCACUGCAGUUUGGGAGAAACACUUUUUCAGCUCAUUGAAAGGUAAUUUUGAAGAAUCUCAGCGCUGAUGCUAAAAUUAUCUGAGCACAAAGAAGGCACAUACAUUUCAAUUCAAAGUUGUACACUUAAAACAAUGGAGUUUCAUAAAUAAAGCAACAAGAUGUUGCUAGAUUGUAUUUUUAUUACUAAUUUUGACUUGUCAAUCUAGGAAAACUUUUUUAGGCAACAUUUAUGAGCAUAGAACUUUUUAUUUUUGAGUUAGUUGGGCUUGGAUAAAUGAAGCCCUCUUUGCUACACAUUUCACAUUAAAGGACACCUGAAUUUUGUACAUAACCCAACAGUUCCCUUCACUGUAGAAUUUUAAAACCAACAUAGCCUGUUUCUUGCAAAAAAAAAAUUAUCUGGGUGACCUUUCCUUUUCACAAAUAUUGGGAGAUAUUUCCCCUGAUAUUUGUGAUGCGACUGCGAGUUUCUGAUAUCAGUACAGAUAUCAGAAAUAUAUUUGCAGAACAGAAAAUAUGUAAUAUUCUGUUUUUGAGCUUUCAGACUGAAGACUAAAAACGAAAAAAAAAAUUCUUUGCUGGAAAAACUAUUUGGAAGUGGAUCCUUACUGUGGAGAUUUUAUUUUCAUCCAUUAUUGUGCCAACUGUAAACCCGUGAGGGUUACCGCCCUCAUGAAAACUGUCUGUUGUGCUUUAUGAAAGAGAAAAUGUGCUUCAUUCUUGUUAGACUUAGUACCAGUGUGUCUGUGUGUCCAUCUGUACUGGUUCUUUUCUGGUUGGACAAUAAAAUUUCAUCUGUAUGUUUAA